AACGCCGGUUGCCCAUGCGGCCCUAGGGCUGGGAGCGCCGCGCCGCGCCGCGCUCCGCAGCGGGGGAGGCCAUGGCGGAACCUUCCCAGGCCUCGACCCCGGCCCCAGCCGCUCAGCCGCGUCCCCUUCAGUCCUCAGCCCCCGCCCCAACUCCGACUCCUGCUCUCAGCCCGGCUUCGGCCCCGACUCCGGCUCCCACUCCGGCACCAGCCCCCGCCCCAGCUGCAGCCCCAGCCGGGGGCACAGGGACUGGGGGGCCCGGGGUAGGAAGUGGGGGUACCGGGAGCGGGGGUGAUCCGGCUCGCCCUGGCCUGAGCCAGCAGCAGCGCGCCAGCCAGAGGAAAGCGCAAGUCCGGGGACUGCCGCGCGCCAAGAAGCUUGAGAAGCUAGGGGUCUUCUCGGCUUGCAAGGCCAAUGAAACCUGCAAGUGCAAUGGCUGGAAAAACCCCAAGCCCCCCACUGCACCCCGCAUGGACCUGCAGCAGCCAGCUGCCAACCUGAGCGAGCUGUGCCGCAGCUGUGAGCACCCCUUGGCUGACCACGUGUCCCACCUGGAGAAUGUGUCAGAGGAUGAGAUUAACCGGCUGCUGGGGAUGGUGGUAGAUGUGGAGAAUCUGUUCAUGUCUGUUCAUAAGGAGGAGGACACGGACACCAAGCAGGUCUAUUUCUACCUCUUCAAGCUCCUGCGGAAGUGCAUCCUGCAGAUGACCCGGCCCGUGGUGGAGGGAUCCCUGGGCAGCCCCCCUUUUGAGAAGCCUAAUAUCGAGCAGGGUGUGCUGAACUUUGUGCAGUACAAGUUCAGUCACCUGGCUCCCCGGGAGCGGCAGACGAUGUUUGAGCUCUCGAAGAUGUUCCUGCUCUGCCUUAACUACUGGAAGCUUGAGACGCCCGCCCAAUUCCGGCAGAGGUCUCAGGCCGAGGAUGUGGCUACCUACAAGGUCAAUUAUACCAGAUGGCUCUGUUACUGCCACGUGCCCCAGAGCUGCGACAGCCUCCCCCGGUACGAGACCACUCACGUCUUUGGGCGAAGCCUUCUCCGCUCCAUCUUCACCGUCACCCGGCGACAGCUGCUGGAGAAGUUCCGGGUGGAGAAGGACAAGCUGGUGCCCGAGAAGAGGACCCUCAUCCUCACCCACUUCCCCAAAUUCCUGUCCAUGCUGGAGGAGGAGAUCUACGGGGCAAACUCUCCGAUCUGGGAGUCGGGCUUCACCAUGCCGCCCUCGGAGGGAACCCAGAUGGUGCCCCGGCCGGCUACAGUCAGUGCCGCGGUUGUUCCCAGCGCCCCCAUCUUCAGCCCCACCAUGGGUGGGGGCGGCAACAGCUCCUUGAGCCUGGACUCCGCAGGGGCCGAGCCCAUGCCAGCAGGCGAGAAGAGGAAGCUCCCCGAGAAUCUGACCCUGGAGGAUGCCAAGCGGCUCCGUGUGAUGGGCGACAUCCCCAUGGAGCUGGUCAACGAGGUCAUGCUCACCAUCACGGAUCCUGCUGCCAUGCUGGGGCCCGAGACGAGCCUGCUGUCGGCCAAUGCAGCCCGGGACGAGACGGCCCGCCUGGAGGAGCGCCGUGGCAUCAUCGAGUUCCACGUCAUCGGCAACUCGCUCACACCCAAGGCCAACCGGCGGGUGUUGCUGUGGCUGGUGGGGCUGCAGAACGUCUUCUCGCAUCAGUUGCCGCGCAUGCCCAAGGAGUAUAUCGCCCGCCUCGUCUUUGACCCGAAGCACAAGACUCUGGCUUUGAUCAAGGACGGGCGAGUCAUUGGUGGGAUCUGCUUCCGCAUGUUUCCCACCCAGGGCUUCACGGAGAUUGUUUUCUGUGCUGUCACCUCAAAUGAGCAGGUCAAGGGCUAUGGGACUCACCUGAUGAAUCACCUGAAGGAGUAUCACAUCAAACACAACAUCCUCUACUUCCUCACCUACGCCGACGAGUAUGCCAUUGGCUACUUCAAAAAGCAGGGCUUCUCCAAGGACAUCAAGGUGCCCAAGAGCCGCUACCUGGGUUACAUCAAGGACUACGAGGGCGCGACGCUGAUGGAGUGUGAGCUGAACCCUCGGAUCCCCUACACGGAGCUGUCCCACAUCAUCAAGAAGCAGAAGGAGAUCAUCAAGAAGCUGAUUGAACGCAAACAGGCCCAGAUCAGGAAGGUCUACCCCGGGCUCAGCUGCUUCAAAGAGGGCGUGAGGCAGAUCCCUGUGGAGAGCGUCCCCGGCAUUCGAGAGACGGGCUGGAAGCCGCUGGGCAAGGAGAAAGGGAAGGAGCUGAAGGACCCGGACCAGCUCUACACGACCCUCAAAAACCUGCUGGCUCAGAUCAAGUCCCACCCCAGUGCCUGGCCCUUCAUGGAGCCCGUGAAGAAGUCGGAGGCCCCAGACUACUACGAGGUCAUCCGCUUCCCCAUCGACCUGAAGACCAUGACGGAGAGGCUGCGCAGCCGGUACUACGUGACGCGGAAGCUCUUCGUGGCGGACCUGCAGCGGGUCAUCGCCAACUGCCGCGAGUACAACCCCCCAGACAGCGAGUACUGCCGCUGCGCCAGCGCCCUGGAGAAGUUCUUCUACUUCAAGCUCAAGGAGGGCGGGCUCAUCGACAAGUAGCCUGACUCUGGACCGUGGCCUCCACCCGUAAGGUCUCCGUCUCAGGCUCUGAUCUGAUGCCUGAGGUGGCCCUACCCAGGUCCCCCUCGGUGUGAGACACUCCAGCGGGGGCCCUGCACCCCGCGAUCCUGCAGCCUUUCUGGGCCCUGGGGCAUCGCACGCCUGCAGCUCUGUCCCAUCCUUCCUUGUGUCUGACCUUGGGGAGGGGUCUUCUGGGUCUGGAGCCCAGCCCCUCUAGAGUGGCUGGUGGCCCCCAGCCCAGGUCUCCCCACUAAGCUAUGGCGUCUUAGAAGCCCGGGCCUGGCCCAGGUCACUGUUUCCUCAAGGGCAGGAUUUCCAGUUUUCGCUUGAGUGACGGGCCCUCGGGGGUUGGAAGUUCAACCUGGACUGGAGGGGCCGAGCGUCAUUCUGCACUGAUCUGUUUUUCCCCUGGGGGUGGGGGCAUGGGGACCAUUCAUUUCUUGGCAUUAAUCCCUUGGAGGGAACAAUAAAGUUCUUUUUUUUUUU